UUUUAAAAGAAAAAUUAAAACAGAAGCAAAACGGUGCAUCGGUUACUCAUCAUCUCCGUUUCUUUCAUUUCGAUCUCAUAGCCCAAUAACCAGAAAGAAGGGAGGGGGAGAGAUGGGGGUGCGUGGCAAGUUGGUACUGGCUUGCAUUUUAGGAGUAUUGAUCUGUAGCUGCAAUCUUUUCAUGGUUAGCGAAGCCGUAUGGUUGAAUCUACCGGCAUCCGGUACUAAGUGCGUGUCCGAGGAAAUCCACAACAACGUUGUCGUUUUGGCUGAUUAUGUUGUCGUUUCCGAUAACCAUUCCCACACCCCUUCCAUCUCUGUCAAGGUGACAUCACCAUAUGGGAACAACCUUCACCAUAAGGAGAAUGUGACUCAAGGUCAAUUCGCUUUCACAACUCAUGAGGCUGGCAAUUACCUGGCUUGUUUUUGGGUGGAUGGCCACAUUCAAGGGAGCGGAGAUGUGAGUGUUAACAUUGACUGGAAAACUGGAAUUGCUGCUAAGGAUUGGGAUUCAGUUGCCAGAAAAGAGAAGAUAGAGGGUGUUGAACUUGAGCUGCGGAAACUUGAAGGAGUAGUGGAGGCCAUCCAUGAGAAUCUACUCUAUCUCAAAUCCAGGGAAGAAGAGUUGAGGUCUGUGAGUGAAGUAACAAAUACCAGAGUAGCAUUAUUUGGUAUCAUGUCUUUGGGUGUCUGCAUUGCGGUUUCGGCAUUGCAAGUGUGGCACUUGAAACGAUACUUUCAGAAGAAGAAGCUCAUUUAGAUAUUGGUAAUCAAACUUUUGUUUCUUGCUGAAAGAAAUUUUGCUACUCUUUUCUUUUCCUGCACGUAGAAGAGGCAAUUAUAAUACCAUGAAUAGAGCAAGGUUUGCUUUCUUCUCGCCGUUAAUUUUAAUUUUAAUUUUUUAUUUUGGAACGUUUAAGUUGGAUGUUUGUUUUAAUUUUGUUUUUAACUGAUAGAGACUAAUUCUUUCGGGCUUCUUUCUUGA